CUCCCUUUCGGAGAGGCCUAAACGAGGCAAGAGGAAGGAGCAGUGAGAUGGUGACCUCAUCGGUGGUGUACACGUACCCCCUCUCCAACUAGACCUUCGAGUCGAAGGAGCGAAAGAUGGAGAAGGACGCCUCCGUGCUCGAUCGCCUCGCCCGCAUGAAGGUCAACUACAUGAAACAAGGCAUGCAAAGAAGUGUUGAAGGAAUAUUGUUGAGCUACGGAUCUGUUUUAUCGAUGAUCCCACUACAGUUGUCAAGGUUCAAGUUCAUCAUGGUAAGAAGGUCUGUGAAGCUGUUGGGGUGGCAGUAGAAGUCGGCUGGUUUCAUCAAAUGAAUGCUUUUGUUUGUACUCUGUCCCUUUUUACAAGCAACUGUGUCAUCAAGCUAAGCUAAAUAGGCGCAGGAUUGAGAAAGCUAGCGAUACUAUAGAUGUAAGGAGACCUGGUCAAAUUGAAUCGGGCCAGCCUCCUUGUUAUCUUCUCAUAUGUACUUGUAAUUGCUGGUGAUGAAGAAAUCUCAAUCCAUUUUAAUGGCUUCCUUGCCAUCUCAACGAGUUUUAGUUGAGGUUGAAUAUGAUCCGAGAAAUUGUUUUUUUUUUUCGUCAACCUUAUUCUCCAACAUGAGCGGCCCUAUUUGUGUCGAUCGCUGGUUCUCUCUCUCUCUCUCUCUCUCUCUCUCUCUCUCUCGAUCUAUAUAUAUACCUUUGCCGCUUCCCGCGUUGUCACCCCUCUCUCUCUCUCACACCUCAACAUGGGGAAGCCAAAGCAACAGACCAUCUCCCGCUUCUUCGCCCCCAAACCCCCUCAGAUCCCUUCGUCUGCUUCUCCCCCGUCGCAGCCUAAACCCUCCCCAAGAAUCUCCGCCACCGUCUCCUUCUCCCCCUCCGCCAAGCGUAGGCUUCAAACCCUAACCCCUUCGCCUCCCCCCAAACCCAAGAAAUCGACACCCCCCUCCCCUCAAUCCCCCGCCGCCAUUCCUCCCUCCAACCCUUUCCUCCACCGCCGCUUCCUUUCCAAGCUCCUUGACCUCUCUUCCCCCUCUUCCUCCUCCUCCUCCUCCUCCUCCUCCUCCUCCUCGGCUGCCGCCGCCAAACCCCUUCCACAAAACCCUGCAUACACGCCUCUUGAACAACAAGUUCUUGACCUCAAAACUAAGUACCCAGACGUUCUUCUCAUGAUCGAGGUCGGGUACAAGUACCGUUUCUUUGGCGAGGACGCAGAAAUUGCCGCCCGGGUCCUCGGAAUCUUCGCUCACGUCGACCGUAACUUCCUCACCGCCAGUAUCCCCACGUUCCGGCUCCACUUCCAUGUUCGGCGCCUCGUUGCCGCGGGUUACAAGGUCGGCGUCGUGAAGCAGACCGAGACCGCCGCCAUCAAGGCGCACGGUUCCAACCGUCUCGGACCCUUUUCCCGGGGCCUGUCCGCAUUGUACACGAGGUCGACCAUUGAGGCCGCAGAGGACAUGGGCGGUGCGAGGGAUGAGGGGGUCAGCAUCUCGGGGAGCAAUUACCUUGCUUGUGUCGUAGAGAAGGAACUGGUUCCGGGGAGGGUGCAUCUCGAGGGAAGGUUUGCUGUGAGGAUCGGGAUCAUCGCCGUGGAGGUCUCGACGGGGGAUGUUGUUCAUGGGGAGUUCAACGAUGAUUCGAUAAGGACAGGGCUCGAGGCGGUGCUGAUUAGUGUAUCUCCUGCUGAGAUUCUUUUGGGGGAACCCCUUUCCGCAACAACAGAGAAGCUUCUACUGGCAUAUGCUGGACCUACAUCCAAUGUUCGGGUUGAGCGUGCCUCACGUGAUUGUUAUAGUGAUGGGGGUGCACUUGCUGAAGUGAUUUCUUUGUAUGAGAUCACAGAUGACAAUGUUCUGGCUGCUGUAAACAAUACAGAAAAUGGUGAUAGAAGAGAGGAAGGAUAUAAUCAUCCUACAAUUGAGAAAAUUAUGGCCAUGCCUGAAUUACCCAUUCAGGCGUUGGCAUUGACCAUUCGUUAUCUUAGAGAUUUUGGGUUGGAACGGAUAGUAGGCUCCACUGCUUCAUUUCGGCCUAUUUCUAGCAACUUUGAGAUGACUUUAUCAGCAAAUGCCCUUCAUCAGCUUGAGGUUUUGGCAAACAACUCUGAUGGUUCUUCAGAAGGGUCCCUAUUUCAAGUUAUGAAUCAUACGUGUACUGCAUAUGGAUCAAGGCUUUUCAAACACUGGGUAACUCAUCCUUUGUGUGAUAGAAACUCAAUAUCAGCUCGUCUUGAUGCGGUUUCUGAGAUUGCUGAAUCAAUGGGCUCGUGCAAGGGGUCACAGGUGGAAAUGGAGCUUGGAGUUGAGAAUCACUCUGAUGCAUUUAGGCAGUCCGAGCUCAGUGAGGUUAUGUCUUCAAUUUUAACUAUGCUAGGGAAGUCACCUGAUGUUCAACGAGGAAUAUCGAGAAUUUUUCAUCGAACUUCCACAGCAGCAGAGUUUAUCGGGGUCAUUCAUGCUAUACUUACCUCUGGGAAGCAAUUACAGAAGCUUUAUGUGGAGAGUGAUGCAGGUUAUGGAGCAUCACAGCAAAAAAAAGUCAAAUCUGCUUUACUUAGAAGGUUGAUUUCGACUGCUGCUUCACCUACUGUAAUGGGUCAUGCUGUUAAACUUCUAUCAUCUCUAAACAAGGAUGCAGCUGAUCAGGGUGACAUGUUGAAUUUAUUUAUUUCAUGCACCAAUCAAUUUCCUGAGAUUGGUAGAGGCCAUAUAGCUGUUCAGUUGGCAAAGGAGAAGCUGGAUUUACUUAUUGUCCAAUAUCGGAAGCAGCUUGGAGUGCGCAACUUGGAAUUUAUGAGUGUUUCUGGGAAGACACAUAUGAUUGAACUGCCAGCAGAUUUAAGGGUGCCUUCGAACUGGGUAAAAGUCAGUAGUACUAAGAGGACCAUUCGAUAUCACCCACCUGAAGUGUUGGCAGCCUUGGAUGAAUUGUUGCUUGCCAGAGAAGAACUUGCUGUUGCAUGUAGGACAACAUGGGACAAUUUCUUGAUGAGUUUUGGGAAAUACUAUCCUCAGUUUCAAGCAGCUGUUCAAGCUCUAGCUGCUUUGGACUGCUUGCAUUCACUUGCCAUCCUCUCAAGAAAUGAGAAUUAUGUUCGUCCUGUUUUUGUUCAUGAUGAUGAACCUAGUCAGAUCCAUAUCUCCUCAGGCCGUCAUCCUGUUCUGGAGUCAAUCCUUGGUGAUAACUUUGUCCCAAAUGAUACCGAGUUGCAUGCCGAUGGUGAAUACUGUCAAAUUGUGACUGGACCAAAUAUGGGUGGGAAAAGUUGCUACAUUCGCCAAGUCGCUCUCAUAGCAAUUAUGGCUCAGGUUGGUUCCUUUGUACCAGCAUCAUUGGUAAAGAUGCAUGUGCUGGAUGGAAUUUACACUCGUAUGGGUGCGUCAGACAGCAUCCAGCAAGGAAUAAGCACCUUCUUUGAGGAGUUGACUGAGGCUUCUCAAAUACUACAUAAUUGCUCAUCAUGCUCUCUUGUCAUCGUUGAUGAACUUGGUCGAGGCACAAGUACAUAUGAUGGUGUUGCAAUUGCUUAUGCUACAUUACAGUAUUUUCUUAAACAGAAGAAAUGCAUAGUUCUUUUUGUCACUCACUAUCCAAAGAUUCUGGAUAUCCAAAAAGAGUUUAAAAGUUCAGUUGGGGCAUAUCAUGUUUCCUAUCUGACAUCACAAAAACCUCUUGAAAUUACUGAAUCUGAAUCAAUAUCUAGUGCUGAUAAGCUUUGUCACAAAGAGGUUACUUUUCUUUAUAAGCUUGUAAGGGGUGCAUCGGAUAAGAGCUUCGGUCUUAAUGUUGCCAAGCUUGCACAGCUACCGGCUUCGUGCAUUGCACGGGCUGCUGUCAUGGCUGCAAAGUUGGAAUCAGAAGUGAGCAAGCAUUUGGGAAGCAAAGAAGGGAGGUUAAUUAAAGUGUCAUCUCAGAAUGAAAAUUUAGAUCAUUCUUCUGAACUAUCUGAGUUCUGCAAGGAACAAGAAGACUUUGCUGACUUGGCAAAAGCAUGCCAUAAAGUGUUGUUUUAUAUGAUGUCUGCCUUGAACGAGGCUGAACCUGUGAACAUGUUGUGUUCAUUGAAGAAUGCAAGAGAGAUUGCAUCCAAGUCCAUAGAUCAUACAAGGGACAUGCUUCCACUAUCUUUUAUCCCCACAAAAAGGAGACAAUGAGACUGGCUUCAAUGAUUACAAGAGAGCUCAUAUCAUCCAACCACCAUGCCAAGAUCACUGGAGAAAUCAACAUACAACACCUUGGAUGCAAAUUGAAAUUGACGGAACAGGUUACUGAAGGCUCUUUGAUGCGUUAUGUAAAGAUUGCAGAUCCCCUUGCUGCCAUAGUGAAUAGUAUAGAAACGGAAUAUGGUGGUGGUUCCAUGCAUAUGAAAUUUUGUUUAGCUUCACUCUUUGAUCCCUGAGAAAAUUGUUUAUAAUAUGUGAAGCUUGUAUAUA